AUGGGCCUCUUGCAGAGAUUCCUUCCAGAGAAUGACCGCUAUGCGGCGCUCAUUCUCUACGGCAUGGUCUUCUCCACAUGCUUCAAUGGCUACGAUGCCGGCAUCAUGACAGUCAUCUUGGCCGAUAAACAGUUUGUUGAUUACUAUAAUGUGGACGAUAAUCGGUCAGGCAUUAUCGCCACAAUUCCAUGGGCUUCAACUGGUCUUGCGCAACUCUUCGUCGGAGGGACUCUGGCCAACUUGGUCGGGCGUCUCUGGGCCCUCCGCAUCUCCAUCUGUGUCAUGGUCAUUGGCGUUGUUGUCCAAGUCGUCCCCAACAACUACGCCGUCCUCAUCGUUGGUAGACUUCUGACUGGUCUUGGCUUCGGUUGUGUGUACAUUGCAACCAGUCUCUAUGUCGCCGAGUGCUCUCCGAAGUCCCUUCGCGGAAGUUUUGUGGGAACAGUCACACAGUUUGGAUACCAACUCGGCACACUGAUUGCCUUCUGGGCUGGCUAUGGGAUGUCCUUCCACAAGUCGCCCUACAACAUUGCUUGGCGCGUAUCCAACCUCAUCCAAGUACCAAUUGGCCUCACAUUUGUCGUCAUUUCGUUUUGGUAUCCUGAGUCGCCUCGUUGGACGCUUGAAAAGCACCCUGACAAUGCGGAUCGCGCGCUUCAGCUGCUCUGCAAACUCCGUAUGGGUACUGCCGAAUCGGAGCAUGUGCGACAAGAGUUCCACGAGCUCGUGGCCUCGUACGAAUACCGUAAGAGAUUCGACAGCGGUUACACUCGAAUCUUCAAGUCCCCAGCCCUGAGGAAACGUCUGGCCUAUGGUUUCUACGCCACUGCCUUGCAACAGGCCGGAGGCAUUGCUGCUUUGACCAUGUAUGCUGCAAUUAUCUACGAGUCGCUUGGUUGGAACCAAGGGCGGCAGGCGCUAGCCAUCAACGGCAUUCAGUCGGUGCUACAGCUUUUUAUCGUGUUGGUGAACACAUUCAGCGUGGACCGAUUCGGUCGAAGGACACUUUUGAUCGCCGGUUUCUCAAUCCAAGCGCUCGCCCUUCUCAUCAUGUCCUCGUUGACUACAGCUUUCCCGAAUAACGACAGUAAGCCGGCCGCGGUUGUUGAGGUAAUCUGUCUCUUCAUCGUUGGCAUGACAUACUGCUGGUCCAAUGGCCCCAUUGCACCAGCUAUCGCGUCCGAGAUUUUCCCCCAAGAGGUUCGAGACAAGGCCUUUGGAAUCUCCCUCCUUGGACAAACAGCAUGCUUGCUCGCAAUCACGCAACCGUGGCCGAAGUUCAACACCGAGGUCGGCGGCAAGAGCUACUGGCUACUAUUUGGUCUGAACUCUCUCUGUCUGCUCUCUGUCGUUUUCAUUCUUCCCGAGACCAAAGGAGUUUCCCUGGAGCGCAUGGACAAGAUCUUUGGCGAGGUCGAUGCGGUAGACGCUGGAGAGGAUGCCGGCGAAGGCGAGAAAACGGAGGUGCUGGCCUGCUCGCACCAGGAGCAUGCGGGGGGGAAAAGCCGCAUGGUUUCCAGGGCCGAUGACAAGAACAUUUUGGAGAACGUAGACAUGAAAGCUUAA